UGUUUGUCGCUGGAGUCUCAGUUUGUCUUCUUCUGGAGAAAGACGCAGUUUCACCGUCACUUCAACAAACGGAGAAAAUCACUAUGAAGAUCCUGCUUUUACUGGUUCUGCUGGGAAUACACAGCGCGAGCGCAGGAAUUCACUCUCUGAAGUAUUUCUACACUGGAUCAUCUGAAGUCCCAAACUUCCCACAGUUUGUGGUUGUUGGUUUGGUUGAUGAUGUUCAGAUGGUUCACUAUGACAGCAACACAAUGAGAGCAGAACCCAAACAGGACUGGAUGAGUAAGAACACAGAUCCACAGUACUGGGAGAGUCAGACUGAUGGCCUUUUGGGUCAACAGCAGACCUUCAAAGCCAACAUUGAAAUUGCAAAGAAACGCUUCAACCAAACUGGAGGUUUGUUUGUGUUUCACUUUUUACUGAUAAAAUGUGUAUU